GUUUUGUCAAGCUCAAACUGUAACGGUCACAGUUUGAAAUUGUUGAAAACGAAUUGUUACUCGAAUGCGUGAUUAGUGAAAUAUUUUUUUAAAGAUUUCGUGCUACUUCUAUAAAUAAUGAUGGAAACUGAGAUAAAAGAAGUAAAAGAACUUGAAGCAAGAAUAAUUAAUCAUGACGCUUAUGGAAAACCAUACAAAUGGUCACCUAGAGACUUUGAACUGGGUUCAGCACUUGGACAAGGAAAAUUCGGUCACGUUCAUGUAGCACGCGAAAAGAAAACCGGUCUAUUAGUCGCAAUAAAAGCUUUGUUCAAAUCACAAAUUAUGCAUUCAAAAUGCGAACGACAAGUUAUGAGAGAGAUAGAGAUUCAAUCUCACUUAAAGCAUCCAAAUAUUCUACGAUUGCUGACAUGGUUCCAUGACGAAAGACGUAUUUAUUUAGUGAUCGAGUUUGCAGCCGGUGGUGAACUUUAUAAACAUCUAACAAACUCGCCAAAAGGAAGAUUCCCUGAGCAUAAGGCUGCUCGUUAUAUUUACCAGGUAGCAGAUGCAGUUGAAUAUUGCCACCAGCAUCAUGUUAUCCACAGGGAUAUUAAACCUGAAAAUAUUCUGGUUUCCUUCAAUGGUGACCUUAAAUUAGCUGACUUUGGCUGGUCUGUCCAUGCCCCUUCAGAAAAGAGGAAGACUAUGUGCGGUACACUUGACUAUUUACCACCAGAAAUGAUAAAACAUGAAGUUUAUGAUGUUUCUGUAGACCACUGGUGUAUUGGUGUCCUAUUAUAUGAAUUCCUAGUAGGAAAGCCUCCAUUUGAGAGUGAUGGACAAGACAAAACAUAUGCUCGGAUAUUAGCUUUAGAUAUGACUUACCCAUCAUAUGUUCCAGAGGGAGCAAAGGAUCUUAUUUCUAAGUUACUACGACAUUCAAGUAAGGAGAGACUGUCACUGGACUCUGUUAAAAGACAUUAUUGGGUACAGCAGUUUCAAAGUACCACAUGACCAUCUAUAUUAUAAAUAUCAUAAAAUUGUCAAUCAAAUAAAAAAUUGAUGAUUUAGUAAAUUAUAU